AUGCCCAAUGACAGCAUGCUCCUGGAGCCUGACCUCUCCUACUGCCAGAUGCUCCUGGAGGCCCCGGUCCCUCCCACUGCCGACCAGGUGCCCUGGUUCUGCAUCUGCUCGGCCUGCGGAGGUACCACUGGGCCCAAGGGAGACAGAGGGGACAGAGGCCUACCAGGGAGUCCAGGCAGCCCGGGCAGACGCGGUCUCACAGGCUUCCGUGGUCGUCCUGGGUUUAUGGGUCGACAGGGUCUGAAAGGAGAGAAAGGGGACGAGGGUCUGAAAGGGGAUAGAGGCUCGGUCGGAUUCAGCGGCCCGAAAGGAGAACGGGGUUUUAAAGGUGAGAAAGGCGACCGUGGGCUGGAUGGUCCAUCAGGGGAGCCUGGUCCAAAAGGAGAGGACGGACGGUGUCCAGACACUUGCGAAGCCGUGCAGGGUCCACCUGGUGAAGCGGGUCUCCCGGGUCCAGCCGGACCCAGAGGUUUGCCCGGCAUGAGCGGCCCGACUGGACCCAAGGGGCAGAAGGGUGAAAAGGGUGACACAGGCGUGCAGGGCUUCCCCGGGGACGUUGGGCCAAAAGGAGACCAGGGUCCAGAGGGCCAGUGUAACUGCUCGGACGGGGCGAAGGGCGAGCCCGGACUCCCGGGACCAAAAGGUGAAACGGGCCUGCAGGGCGAGGCCGGGCCAGAGGGCGUGGCCGGACAGGUCGGGCCGCAAGGACAAAAGGGAGACAUGGGAAUGAUGGGCAUGCCAGGGCCGUGCGCUCCUGCCGUCCAAUCGGCUUUCUCCGCCGCCCUUGUGUCCCCGUUCCCGCCUCCCAACCUGCCCGUGCAGUUCACGCGUGUUCUCUACAACACGCUAGGCAACUACAACCCCAUGAACGGAGUCUACACAGCCCCCGUUAACGGCACCUAUGUCUUCAGCUACCAUCUGACUGUGUUCGACCGUGUGCUGAAGGUCGGGCUCUUCCACAACUUCGCCCCCGUGGUGAAGACGACAGAACCGUCCGAGCUGGGCACCGCUUCCCAGCAGGUGGUGCUUCACCUGACCCGUGGUGACUGGGUGUGGCUGCAGGUCCGAGACGGUACCACUAACGGCAUGUACAGCAGUAACGAAGCCAGCAGCACCUUCACCGGCUUCCUGCUGCACCCAGACAGGUGUGAUGACAUGCCCAUGGGGCGGGACUUCAGCCUUCCCCCGGUCAGCGGAGAAUUCCCAUGGGGAGAGUUCCCAGAGACCCCAACACCAUCACCUAGCACUAGCACCUGA